AUGAGGGUAUCACCCGUAAUUUUGACUAACCACCAGAAAUGGACAUCGAAGAAGAAAACGAGGCAGGAGAGACAGCAGCCCGAGGUCGUUUGGAAGGAACCACAACGCAGCGUGCAGCCAUUUCGGAAAUGGAUCCCUCCAUGGUCCAUGAAGCGCUCAUGGGCGAUUCGGCGCGCGAAGCGAUCAUCAACAUGUACCCUUUUUAACUUCCUUCUCUCCAGCUUCGUCCAAUUCCUGCACAACUUCACUCGGAGCGACGAGGAGGGUGGAAACGGCGAGAACGUGUACAUGGAAGCGAUCCGAUCGAUGUGCAACAACAAUGAGCAGAGCUUCGAAGUGUUCUACAGCGAUCUCGCGAUGUUCGACGAGUUCACCAGCCGCGUCACCGAAUUCCUCACCGAACACCCCGAUAUCGUUCUCGACAUGCUCAACGAAGGCGCGAAGCGCGUCGUUCUCUCGGAAUUCCCCAGCUACGAAGAGGUCCACAAGGACAUCUACGUCCGCUUCCGCGACUUCGCCGUGCUGGAAAGCCUCCGCGACCUUCGCUCCUCGUCUCUGGGCAAGCUCAUCCGUACGCAAGGCGUCGUGACGCGGCGCACGAGCGUUUUUCCGCAAAUGCUCUACGUGGCGUUCCGCUGCUCCUUCUGCAAUCAAAUCAUGGAGGGCAUCAAGCAGCUCCCCGACCGCGAGGUGAAGCCCGACAUGUGCGUGUUCUGCCAGCGGAAAGGCGGCCUGCAGCUCUGCACAGAGAACACCGUCUUCCGCAACUACCAGAAAAUCACGCUGCAAGAAAGCCCGGGGUCCGUCGAGGCCGGCCGCAUUCCGCGAAGCAAGGAGGUGAUUCUGACCGCGGAUCUGAUCGAUGUGGCGCGGCCUGGCGACGAAGUGGACGUCGUGGGGUUGUACACGAACAAUUUCGAUAUGUCGCUGAACACGACGAAAGGCUUCCCCGUCUUCAGCACGGUGAUCGAGGCCAACAACGUGUCGCUGCUGAAGGACGUGAUGGGAAGCAGCGCGUUGUCGCACGAGGACGAGCAGGCCAUUCGCGGGUUGGCGGCGGAUCCGCUGUUUGAGCGACGCUUGCUGAGCUCGAUCGCGCCGUCGCUGUUCGGACACACCGACGUGAAGAUGGCGAUCGCGAUGGCGCUGUUUGGAGGCCAGUUUCGGUCGAUUGGGGCGUUGAAGGGUAGAGAGAAAGUGGAGGCGAAGCAUCGAAUCCGCGGAGAUAUCAACGUCCUGCUUCUCGGCGAUCCCGGAACCGCCAAAUCGCAGUUUUUGAAAUACGCGGAGCGGACUUCGCCGCGCGCCGUCUACACGACGGGCAAGGGCGCCUCCGCCGUGGGUCUGACGGCCGCCGUGCAUCGCGAUCCGCUCACCAAAGAAUGGACGCUGGAGGGCGGUGCGUUGGUGCUGGCGGAUCGCGGCGUGUGUCUGAUCGACGAGUUCGACAAAAUGAACGACGCCGAUCGCGUGUCGAUCCACGAAGCCAUGGAGCAGCAGUCCAUUUCGAUUAGCAAAGCCGGUAUUGUGACCACGCUGCAGGCGCGCUGCGCGGUUUUGGCGGCGGCGAAUCCGCGGACGGGUCGCUACGACGCGACGCGGACGUUUGCGGAGAACGUGGAUCUGACGGACCCGAUCUUGCAGCGAUUUGACAUUCUUUGCGUGCUGCAGGACCAAAUCGAUCCGGUCGAGGACGAGCGAUUGGCCCGGUUUGUGGUGCGAAGCCACGUGGCGUGCCAUCCUCGAAACAUGGAGAAGCGGAUGGAGGAAGAGGCGAAGGCGGACCUCGAGGAGACGGCGAUCGACGACCCUUCGAUCAAGCUGAUUCCGCAGAGCUUGCUGAAGAAAUACAUUCAAUACGCGCGAACCAACAUCCACCCGCUCAUCGACAACGUUGAUCAGGACAAGAUCGCGAAUAUCUACGCGGAGAUUCGACGCGAAAGCGUGGGGGCUGGCGGCAUUCCCGUCGCUGUUCGGCACAUCGAGAGCAUUAUUCGAAUGGCGGAGGCUCACGCGCGGAUGCAUCUGCGAGAGCACGUGCUGGAUAGCGAUGUGGAUGUGGCGAUUUCGACGUUGCUGGAGAGUUUUAUCAACUCGCAGAAGCAUUCGGUGAAGACGGCGCUCCGCCGCACGUUUAGGAAGUAUUUGGUGCGACCGGAGGACAGCUUCGCGCUGAUUAUGUAUCAGUUGAAGGAACUGGUGCGCGAGCAGCUGGAAGCGGAUGCGAUUUUGGAGAACCAGUCGAUGGAGGACGAUGUGGUGUUCCGCGUUCCGCUGAAAGUACUGGAGGAAAGUGUGCGGAAUGUGGGCGUGGAUAAUUUGUUCCCCUUCCUGGAGAGUACGAUGUUUAAAGAGAACCGGUUCACGUACGAUCCGCAGACGCAGACGAUCGUUCGUGUCUUCUCGCACGCGGCGGAGUAG